GUGUGUGACAGUGUUUCCGGCGGCGGGGAUUAAAGCUUUCGGCGUGUGUGUGUCAUUGUUUUAUAUGAUGGAAGUCACGAGACAGAAUUUUAAGGAGGUUCUUCCAGAGGUGAGUGUUGCUGUACAGGAGGCGGAUUUCAUCUCUAUAGACGGAGAAUUCACAGGAAUCAGUGAUGGACCGUCAGUCAGUGCUCUGACCAAUGGACUCGACACACCUGAAGAGAGAUACUGCAAACUCAGGAAGCACUCCAUGAACUUCCUGCUUUUCCAGUUUGGCAUCUGCACCUUCAGAUACGACCACAACAAAUCCACAUAUGUCACAAAAGCAUUCAACUUUUAUGUCUUCCCUAAACCCUUCAACCGCACGUCUCCAGAUAUUAAAUUCAUCUGUCAGAGCUCCAGCAUUGACUUCCUGGCCAGUCAGGGAUUCGACUUCAACAAAGUCUUCCGCAGCGGGAUUCCGUAUCUGACCCAGGAGGAGGAGUCUCAGCUGAGGGAGCAGUAUGAGGAGAGACGGAGUCAGAUCAAUGGCUCGGGACCGCCCACUUACACGCCCACAUCCAGCACGAGCGUCCAGCACAUACCUGAAGAGCAGAGAGAGUUUAUAAAGCUGGUGGAGAAGAAGGUUGAAGAUCUUUUGAAGAAUUCGGAGAAAUCUCUGGACCUGGAGCCGUGCACGGGUUUUCAGAGGAAACUCAUCUAUCAGACCCUCAACUCGAAAUAUUCUAAAGGACUUCACGUGGAGACACUGGAGACAGACAAGAAGGAGCGUUUCAUUCAGAUCAGUAAAGUAGAUGAUGAGGAGAGGAAGAGCAGAGAACAACAGAAACAACAGCGAGAACAGGAAGAGCUGAAUGAUGCAGUGGGAUUCUCCAGGGUGAUUCGUGUCAUCUCAAAGUCUGGUAAACUGGUUGUUGGACACAACAUGUUGCUGGACGUGAUGCACACUAUCCAUCAGUUCAGCGGGCCGCUGCCGGAGGAGCUGGAUGACUUUAAGGAUGUGGCGAUGUCGGUGUUUCCCAGACUGUUAGACACGAAACUGAUGGCGUCCACACAGCCGUUUAAAGAGAUCAUUCACAACACAUCUCUGGCUGAACUACACAAACAGCUGAGAGGGAAACCCUUCAAAUCACCUGCAACAGAGUGCCCCGAAGGCUUUCAGAGUUACGACACAUCCACAGAACAGCUUCAUGAAGCAGGUUAUGAUGCGUACAUCACUGGCCUGUGUUUCAUCUCCAUGGCAAACUUCCUGGGUACUUUUCUUACUCCUCCAACGAGUUACAUCUCCGCUUGCUCCAAACUCCUCGAGCCCUUCUACAACAAAUUGUUCCUGAUGAGGGUGAUUGACAUUCCCUACCUGAACAUGAGUGGACCCGACUUGCAGCCCAAGAGAGAUCACGUUCUGUACGUCACAUUCCCUAAAGAAUGGAAAACGAGUGACCUGUACCAACUCUUCAGCGCCUUCGGUAACAUCCAGGUGUCGUGGAUUGAUGACACGUCAGCCUUUGUUUGUCUCAGCCAGACAGAACAAGUCCAGAUAGCCAUGAACACUAGUCGUUACGCUGAGAGUUACCGUAUCCAGACAUACGCUGAGUAUUUACAGUCCAAACAGAAGAACACACAUACUAACAGGAAGUGGGCUAAUGACGGGUGGGCAGAUACUUCCUACGGUGCUGCUGCCAUGACGACCACCUCUAGCUUCAGCCGGUUACAGGCAGUGAAGAGGAGCAUCAGUCCGUCUGUAGAUGAUCAGAACUGUAAUGCUGACAGCAGCUGGAGCGACUACAGCAACAAAAAGAAGAUGAAAAUAGAAGGUGUCGAAGGGUGUUCACAAUCAUACACUGAAGCGACAGGCAAUUGGCUGGGACUCCAGCCAGAUGAAGGCGGGACACCUGUGAGCCCACUUCAGGAAGAGGCGGAGCCCGAGGACUUGUCAGCCAAUCAGAGUCAAGGCAAAAGGAGUAACAAGAAGCACAAGAAGAGGAAGUCAGAUGCUUCUGAAACGCCGCCGGCGCUCUUCGAUGUUCCUCAGGUUUGGUAGCGAGAACAGCCAAUUAAAACACUCUCUCAGUCCAGGUGUAAUCAACAGCCAAUCAGAAGACUGCACUUCUAAAUGUGUCACAGCAGCUCGAUGUGCCGUCUGUGACCUCCCGUGACCUCUCCUCACGUGUGUGGGGCUGAAGUUCACUAAGCCACUUCCUGUGUGUGUGUAUUUUAACACCCAUGUUUCCCUCGUUUUAAGUGUGUAUCGUCAGUGAGGUGUUUCGUGUCCUGCAGGUGAAUUUUAUACCUCAUGAGGGCCGUUCUGUCUUUAUUUCUGAUUAACCAUGAGAAAAAGUGUCAAAGAAUGUUUAACGCUAUGAGGAAUGUGAAUGUUGUAUUUUGUACGGUGAAAUGUUCCCUUUUCCAGGGGAGAUCAAAUUAAAGAAUCUUUCUUAGUACGUCUGUUUCAUUUUCCAUCAUGAGCGACGGGUUCAGGGGUCCCACACUUCUGUCAAAUUACAUGACUUCACCACCAGCAAACGUUAAAAAUCAUGUUCCGAUUCAUUAAUGAAUCAUUCAGCGCUGUGAACGAACUGAAAAUAAAGUUCUUCUGUUCACGAGCUCUAGAGAGGACCUUUCUGAUAUUUAAGAUUUUCCUGAACCGUUUGAAUCUUCUGCUUUGAGUCGUCACUAAUCAACUGUAUCCAUAGAUUUGUUACAAUAAUAUAUUAAAGCAUUUAAUGUCACUGUACAUCUAACUCAAGGUAAACGGGUUGUGCGGGAAAGCUGAAAUAUUGAGUUAAUCCUCUGGAGUCGAUGAUCACGCAUGGAUUAAUUUAAAAUACUCCGUCAUGGUCA